UAUCGCGGGGGACGCGGUGCUGGUGCAGGGGACUACUGCAUAGCUUCGGCCAUGGCUUCCAGCGCUGCAUCAACAUCUUCGGUGUCGGAAGAGGAGCUCACUCUGACAGUGAAGUGGAGCGGUAAGGAGUACACCGUCCGAGUCUGCGGCGACGAUACUGUCGGUGAAUUGAAGCGCCGAAUCUGUGAGCUCACGAAUGUGUUCCCCAAUCGCCAGAAGCUUCUGUACCCUAAAGUCGGUUCCAAACUUGCCGACGAUUCUCUCUUGCUCUCGCAGCUUCCCCUUAAGUCUUCGCUUAAGAUGACCAUGAUCGGUACUACUGAAGAAGAUAUAAUUGUUGAUCCAGUGGAAUCGCCUGAGAUUGUCGACGAUUUUGAGCUUGGUCAAGAAGAAGCUGUAGAUAUCAAAGACAUGGAAGUGAACAAGCAAAAAUUGAAGAGACGUGUAAACCAAUACAAGUUUGAGCUCCGAAAUCCAUGUCGAAAAGGGAAGAAACUCCUUGUUCUGGAUAUUGAUUAUACCCUAUUCGAUCAUCGGUCAACAGCAGAGAACCCUCUUGAACUUAUGAGACCUCAUCUUCAUGAGUUUCUUACAUCAGUUUAUUCAGAAUAUGACAUUAUGAUAUGGUCUGCAACCAGCAUGAAGUGGAUUAACCUGAAAAUGGGACAACUUGGGGUUCUGGACAAUCCUAAUUAUAAAAUCACUGCACUUCUUGACCACUUGGCAAUGAUCACUGUCCAAUCAACUUCUCGUGGGGUCUUUGAUUGCAAACCUCUUGGUUUGAUCUGGGCUCAUUUCCCUGAGUUCUACAAUGCUACAAAUACCAUCAUGCUUGACGAUCUUCGAAGAAAUUUUGUGAUGAACCCACAAAAUGGUUUGACAAUCAGGCCAUUCAGGAAGGCUCAUGCUAAUAGAGAUAGUGAUCAGGAGCUUUUGAAGCUUACCCAAUACUUGAUGGCCAUUGCAGAACUUGAUGACUUGAGCCAUCUUGAUCAUAAUAAUUGGGAAUUUUUCAGCGAAGACAGCACUAAAAGACGUAGGCACACAUGAGGCAGUGCGCAAUUUGUUUUUAUUUUAUUUUUUUGGGAACGAAUAUAGGUUGAUCCGGCAUGACCAACCACAGUUCUGUAGGAGAAUCUCUUCAGCAAGAGGAAUUUAAUUUUUCUAUUGCAAGUAACUACAAAGAAAAAGGACAAAUGAGUGAAAGGAAAGGAGCUCUUGUGGCUUUCAGUUGACUUACUCUGCUAAUAGAACUUCAUUAUAGAAGUUUCUGGAACAAAAUUUGGUACUUUAUCUGAUUCUAUUUACAAGA